AUGGAGGUUUUGUUAUGGGUUGAUGUACGUUUGAUGAAGACUAUAAAGUUGAAGAUUCGGUUUUUGGGUCUGUUUGAGAAGGAUGAAUGGUUUGAGGUUUGGAUAGACAGCGUACAAACAAAUUUGGUCUGCCAUUAUCUCCUGCUCCUCGUGUGCGUUUCACACGCAAGUGAAUCGACUUUCGAGGAGAUCGAUGCACUUCCGGAAACCAACGAGUAUCAAGAGGCUCCAGCGAUCGGCACUGCUGUGCAAACAUACAGACAUCCAAGAAUGUAUCGACGAGGUUACCACGAGGACCACGGGUCCAUGUAUCAGGACGACCACGACAAUCAUCAGGAUGAUCAUGAUCAUAUGAAAGACGAGGAACAGGGUAUGAAAGCCAUGGGAACGGGCAAAGUCGAUUACUGGGGCGGUUACUACGAUUUUUUAAUAAACGAGGGAAGUUACAAAUUCUGGGCCGUUUUUCAACUUGCCACUGCAGCGCUGCUUAUCUACAGCGGCUUUGCCGCGCUUUAUUACGCCAAGGUGAAUCCCCCAGCGACGGACGACGAGUUCGACGACAUCUUGCGUCGUCGACGGAAACGACGAGCGCUGUCCAUCUUCCCACGUGACAGAGCGUUCUGCGGUCUGGACAGCGCCACCUUUCAGAGGAUAAUCGACGCGGUUGCCACAGAAAUACACUGA